CCCCGUGCCUAUGUCGGGGAGGGAGGGAAGAUGGCAGCCGUGGCGGCAGGCGGCCUGGUGGGGAAGGGGCGCGACAUCAGCCUAGCGGCCCUGCAGCGCCACGACCCCUAUAUCAACCGCAUCGUGGACGUGGCCAGCCAGGUGGCUCUGUACACCUUCGGCCAUCGGGCCAACGAGUGGGUGCGUGCGGACGCGGCGGAGCAGGGCAGAGCAGGGUUGGGGUGGAGGCGGGGGGCGUCAGACUCAGGACUUGAGGACCCGGAGAAAACUGAUGUGGAAGGAACCUUAUUUGUUUAUACAAGGUCUGCUUCUCCAAAGCACGGAUUCACCAUUAUGAAUAGGCUGAGCAUGGAAAAUAGGACAGAACCUAUUACUAAAGACUUGGAUUUCCAACUCCAGGACCCUUUCCUUCUCUACAGAAAUGCCAGAUUGUCCAUCUAUGGAAUUUGGUUUUAUGAUAAGGAAGAAUGCCAAAGAAUUGCAGAGCUUAUGAAAAAUCUAACUCAGUAUGAACAGUUGAAAGCCCAUCAGGGAACUGGAGCAGGAAUUUCCCCGAUGAUCCUCAAUUCAGGAGAGGGCAAAGAAGUAGAUAUUUUACGAAUGCUCCUCAAGGCCAAAGACGAAUACACAAAGUGUAAAACCUGUUCUGAGCCAAAAAAGAUAACCAGUUCCUCUGCCAUCUAUGACAAUCCCAAUCUCAUCAAACCAAUUCCAGUGAAACCCAGUGAAAACCAGCAACAGCGUAUACCUCAGCCCAACCAGACCUUAGACCCUGAACCCCAACACUUAUCCUUGACAGCUCUGUUUAGGAAGCAGGACAAAGCUACAUGUCAGGAAACUGUGGAGCCUCCACAGACUCUCCAGCAGCAGCAGCAGCAGCAGCAGCAGCAGCAGCAAGAGAAGCUUCCAAUUAGGCAGGGGGUUGUACGCUCCCUGUCCUAUGAGGAACCCAAAAGACACUCACCCUCUAUCGAGAAGCAGCUCUGUCCAGCCAUUCAGAAACUCAUGGUCAGGAGCGCAGACCUCCACCCAUUGUCAGAGCUGCCUGAAAACCGGCCGUGUGAAAACGGCAGUACCCCUUCUGUGCGAGAAGUUUUUACAGGACCCGUCCAGCCAGGGUCUCCUCACAAUGGUGGGAUUUCUCGUGGUGUACAAAAUGCUUCGAGAACUCAGAACCUGUUCGAGAAACUUCAGAGUAUCCCAGGGACAGCAAACAAGUGUGACCCUAGUACACCAGCACCUGCUGGCUCAGCUGCCCUGAACCGCAGCAGAGCUCCCACUUCUGUCACCCCUGCGGCUCCAGGAAAGGGUCUGACUCAGCCACCACAGGCCUAUUUCAAUGGCUCCCUUCCACCUCACACGGUAGGACGUCAGGCUCAUGGAAGAGAACAGUCCACACUCCCAAGACAAAUGCUCCCCAUCUCUGGUAAUCAGACUGGCAGCUCUGGAGUGAUCUCCCCUCAAGAGCUGCUGAAGAAGCUUCAGAUUGUGCAGCAGGAGCAGCAGUUGCAUGCCUCUAACCGGCCGGCCUUGGCCGCUAAGUUUCCUGUGCUCACUCAGAGCUCUGGAACAGGGAAACCCCUGGAAUCCUGGAUCAACAAGACAUCCAGCACAGAACAGCAGACUCCUCUUUUCCAGGUCAUCUCACCUCGGCGCAUCCCUGCUACAGCAGCUCCUUCUCUGCUCAUGUCCCCCAUGGUGUUCGCACAGCCCACUUCUGUCCCGCCAAAGGAAAGGGAGAGCGGCCCCUUGCCUGUGGGAGGCCAGGAGCCACCUGCUGCCGCCACCAGCCUCCUCCUGCCCAUACAGGGCCCGGAGCCCUCCGUGAUCAGCAGCAGCCCACUCACCAAGGUCCAGCUCCAGGAGGCACUGCUGUACCUCAUUCAGAACGAUGACAACUUCUUAAAUAUAAUCUAUGAAGCCUAUCUCUUCAGCAUGACUCAAGCAGCCAUGAAAAAGACUAUGUGACAGCAAGUCAGUUUAAAACUGAUUUUCAAGGUCCUUCUAGAACUCUGGCACAAGGUCCUUUCAUGUUGAGUGUGGUUUCCUUCAAUGUUUCUGUCUUUUUUUAAAAAAGUAUGUAUAAUAUGAAGUAAAAUGUUUCAGAUUUUUUUUUAUA